AUGUGCCGCGGCCACCGAACAACACGCGCACAUGUACGCUCUCGGGCGCAGGAGCCCAAGCUGACCGACUGGCUGUGGGAGGAGCGCGAGAAGGCGCAGGUUCGCAAGCUGAUCCUGCAGCAGCGACUGUUCCGCAAGAAGGACCCCGAGCCCUCGUACUACGGCGACGGAGACGCCCUUCUCGUGAGCGAAGACACCUCGGCCGAAUACGUGGGCGCCGACCAGCCCGACGCGCCGACCCUGAGGCGCCACGCCCGCUCCUCUUCGCAAGCCGAGGCCCUGCGAAGGCCGCCCAAGAAAAAAUAUCCGCCACUCUACACAACAGUGGCGGCCCCUGUGUACAACACCAGCAACGACACUGCUGGAACCGCCAACCUGCUCGGCGUCGUCGGCAUCGAUGUGCCGCUGCGGGAAUUCCAGAAGGUCGCCCAUCCUUUCAAGCUUGGCGUCAACUCCUACUCAUUUAUGAUCAACAAGAACGGCCAUAUCCUGUUCCAUCCGGACCAUCGCCCCAUGUACAAAGACAUGCUCAAGCCUUACUACAGUAAUGUGGAUCUCCUCGAGGUGGAGCUACUGGACAACGAACCGCCGGACCGCAUCGAACUCGAGUCGCAGUACUUGAUGGCUGGCGCCGGCUCCUCCGGGCGACUUUAG